AUGGACCGCAGCGCCAACAUCAUAGUCCACUUGAGCCGCGACGCCAAGCACACAAUCGUGCUGCCCAAUGUCGCGACAUCCAAGUCGGUGGCCGCGGUGCUGCACGAAGCCCUGUAUCAGUACGCCCGCAUCAACCACGACACGCCCGCUCUGGCUGUCUCGGGCCUCUACGACAUGUACUCGGGCACAAUGCUCGACCUCAGCGCGUCGCUGCACAGCGUCGCAACCUUCCACGCGGCCACCAAGUGCAUGCGCCUUGGCACCGCACCGCUCAGGACCAACGACGUGAGCGGCAACAACAGUACUAAGGGCCGCAGCUCGGACUCGCCGUUCGAGUCGUUUGUCAAGUCGAUCUUUUCGUCGUCGGACGACACCCCUCGUCCUGCCCCGUUGCCACCACAAACCAUCGCGGCGCCGUCGCUCAUCGAGUGCAUCACGCAGCUACGCGCUGCGUCCAUCGAGGAGCUCUGCACUGAGUGUGGCGUCGCGCCAGAGGCCGCCAUGCACCUCGUGCGACAGCUCCAACGCUUUACAAGCGGCGGCCGGGCGUUUGGCCCACCCGAUGAACCACCCAACGCGUCAUCCGCAAGCUCCACAGCGUCCGAAGACGACCCGCAGGACGACGACAACGACGACGACGAGGAUACAUUCCUCGGCGAAGCGCCCGUCUUGCUACAGUAUGCACAUGAUUCGCCAGCGUUUCGCCGUGAGGUCGCCGCCAUCGUCGCCGCGUGGCCACGUGUCAUGACCGACUUUAACCGCGUGGUGGCUGCGGCCAAAGCCGUCCUCGCGUCCAGCAAGUGCCACCUAGCGACGCUGCACGAUUUGUACACGGAGCUUACGACGCCGGUCGACGAGACAACGUGCCUCCGACACCUCGCGGGGUCGGCCAAGCGCGCGUGGACGCCGCUAACCGAACGCUGCGAUCGCUCCAUGGACGCCCUGCGCGCGUUUGCGUCGAAUCUCGCGUCCGAGUUUGUCGCUCCGCUCGAGACGCUCCUCACGCACGACCUCGGCUGCGACGCGGCUGCAUCGCGCCAGCGCCUCAACGCCGCCUUUUACGCGUACUGGGCGAUGGCACACGAGGUCACCUCCGACGCAAUUGGCGACGACGCCCGUCUCGAGGCGGCGCGUCGGGUCUUCGAGUCGGCGCGUCUGUCCAUGGUGCGGCAUGUCAACGAGACUUUUCUGCAUGCGCUUCGUCUUGUGGAGCGCACCGGCAGCGCGUUUGCCCAUGCGAAUGCCGUC